UGUCACCUAUCAGUGCCAAUCAGUGCCGCCUAUCAGUGCUGCCUAUCAGUGCCAUCCAUCAGCGCCAGUCAGUGCCACCUGUCAAUGCCAAUCAGUGCCACCUAUCAGUGCUGCCAAUCGGUGCCGCCUAUCAGUGCGCGUCAGUACCACCUAUCAGUGCUGGUCAGUGCCGCCUAUCAGUGCUAUAUAUCAGUGCUGCCUUUCAGCGCCCAUCAGUGAUGCCUGUCAAUGCCUAUCAGUGCCACCUACCAGUGCCUCCUCAUCAGUGCCCAUCAGUGCCACCUAUCAGUGCCCAUCAGUGCAGCCUCAUUAG